CUCGCGCUGAGGAGUCUUGUGUGUGAGCGCGCGCGGCGUUUCGCGCAGCAGAAUUAAACCAGAUCAUUUUUUAACACAGAUACAUGUUCCGUUUUCAGUCUCUUGACGAUGACUGCACCCUGGAGGAGGAGGAAGGGUUGGUAGAGGAGGAAGAUGAAAUCGACCAGUUCAACGAUGACACUUUCGGUGCAGGGGCAAUCGAUGAUGAUUGGCAGGAGGAGCACACCCGCCUCGCUGAGCUCGAUGAGCGUGUGCGAGACGUGCUGCCAGGAGCCGGCGACAGUGACACCAGUCAUGCUGGCAGCAAUGCCCACUCUUCGGUUCUCCCUCCACCUUCCUCUUCCUCCCGGCUAUACCCUGACAUAGAUGAACGGGGCGGCGGUGACCUGGCGGAGUCGCUUACUCGCCUCAUCCUGGGUUCAGAUCCUGCCAUAGCUGGUGUGGGCAGCGCCAGCUCAGACAGAUCUCACCUUCCUCCGAUGCUGUCCGCUCAGCCUCCGCAUCCGUCAGCAUUAGCCGGACCGUCUUCUCUGCUGCGGAGCUACCAGCAGCAUCAGCAGUUCCUGCAUAGGGGACCAGCUCCUCUUUCACAGAUAAACUCUCACAGUAUUUGGGAGAACAGUAUGGGCUUCAGUCCUGUCAGUGUUAACUCUGGACUAAUCGGUCAAAAAGAGGACAAAACACUACUGUCCAUUAUCAAGGAGGUCGGGCUUCCGAAUCGGCCUCCCUCGCUGAGCAGAGAUGAAGGGCGUGAUUUGUCUGAACGGGUUCCGCCUCCUCGUUCCAGCUCACCAGUGAUUGGAAGCCCACCGGUAAGGGCUGUACCUAUUGGAACACCCCCGAAACAGCCUAUGAGUCAAAUCCUCAAUCAGCAGAAUAAUCACCCUUCAGCUAUUCAUGUGAGAGCGUCUGUGCCGAUGCGAUUCCCACCUCCCUUCCCCGAGCGUCUGUCCCCCAAUAACCUGCUCAGCAUCGCUAAAUCGCCUUUGUCUCAUUCUCCGUUCCCUGCUGGUGUCAAUCCUGUUUUGUCUCAAAUACAAAGAGCUCAACUGCUUAACUCUCAGGUUGGUCAGUUCCAGCGUGGUCCGGCUCCUCCAUUAUUACAGGGAGGUGUUGGGGGUUUCAGGCCAUUUUUUGGUCAAUCUGGGCCUAGAAUAGGUCCUCACGGGCCUCCUCUGGGCCAUGCACCCAUCCGACACAACACCACCCACCUGCACCCACAGCACCGCAGGAUGCUCAGCCAGAGGAUGCAGAACAGAGGUGAUCAUGUUGGCGGUAGAGGUGUUGGAGAAAGGAAAAACCGAGAUCCUUACAGCAAUUUAAUGACUCAAAGAGAGAAGGAAUGGGUGGCCAAAAUCCAGAUGAUGCAGCUUCAAAGCACCGAUCCAUAUCUGGAUGAUUACUAUUACCAGAAUUACUAUGAGAAGAUGGAGAAGCGUCAGGAGCGGGACAGAGACAACAGGAAGGAGCACACCACCAAACUCAUCACCCCUCAGGUGGCCAAACUGGAGCACACCUAUCGACCUGUGCAGUUUGCAGGCUCAUUAGGAAAACUCACUGUCUCCAGUGUCAACAAUCCAAGGAAAAUGAUUGAUGCAGUGGUCACCUCUCGCAGUGAUGAUGAGGAAAAAAGAGAGAAGCAGGUGUGGAAUAAAAGACGGCAAAUCCUUUACACUGUGGAGAAGAUGUACAGUCUAUUACUAGAAGUGCAAGACUUUGAGAAGAAGUUUUUGCAGACGCCUGAGCACCAAAGAGACGUUCUGCUAGAACAGCAUAAAACCCACACGCUUCAGCUCUACAACUCGCUCCGGGAAAAAGAGUGGGACGACCGAGUGAGUGACGAGCAGUGCUUGAUGAUCAUGUCUGUGCGUAAAGGGAAGCGGCUGAUCUCCAGGCUCCUUCCCUUCCUGCCACAGCCUCAGGCUGCUGCCGUUGUCAUGGGGAUAGCCAGAAACCUUCCAGCUCUGGCCAAGAAAGACAAACAAGACCAGGUGCUGUGUUGGCUGGUAGAGCCAGUGUCGGUGGUGAUUCAAUCCAUGUCGAGUACCUCUCUCACAGAUCUCCUCCAGGAGCUGCAGGGCAGUGAAGGACAGCUCCCUCUCGUGCUACAGAAUAAGUUUGGCGUGACGCUGCUCUAUCUGAUUCUGAGUGAAGGAGAGCGAAUGCAGAGCUCUGAUCCAAACUGUCAACUCAUGGACGACAACCGCUGGACUGAAUUGGUGUUCUCUGUGACCCGGGAGUUGCUGAAGGUCCCAUCCUCUGCUCUCUCAUCACCGCUGUUCACUCCUCCAAACCUGGUGUCUCUGUUCUCUCGAUAUGUGGACCGCCAGAGACUUGAACUCUUACAGGAGAAACUACAGAUUACGGCUUUGUCCAGGUAGAAGUGACUCCACAUGUGGCCGAUGCUGAGAGACUGACUGUUAAUGUAUUUGUGAAAGAGCCGUCUUAUAUGUGCUAUGUACUGGAGGGUGAGGUCAGGUCACUUUUCCUUUCUCGUUAUAAGAGUCACAAUAGAUAAGAAUAAUGUUUCAAAACUGUUGUCCAUAGGUUUGUCCAUAAAGGCGAUCGGGUAUAUGUAUUUUAGCUUCCAUUAGGGUCAGCGGAGCCGCGGAAAGGCUCGAUCAUAAAAGCAUCAGACCUUAUUUAUAGACACACAUAGAAUUAAGGAGACCUUUUGCUGUACAUUAAUAUCUUAAUUUUUCUUAAACACUGCAGCUUGUUGAGGUAUGUUUGCAAUCGAGUGACUGUACAAGUGUGUCUGUGAGUUUAAAUGAAGGUUUAAACUAAAGGUAUUCUUCAUUUUUAAAUAUCUGCCUGUGAUAAAUCAUGGAAUUAAAACUUUCUAUUAUACAAA